CCGGUAGGAGGGAGAAAAGGGCUCUGUCUUCCUUCUGAAAGGUGUGUGUGUGCGCGCACCGCCGGCCCGGAGGCCAGCCCCCAAGUGCCGGGGGGCGGCCCCAGGUGGGCCGGCUGAGUCAGGGGCUUGUGCCGUGGGCGGAGAGCGUCAGACCGCUCAGAGCACUGCAGCCAUGGCCGGGCCCCCCACGCUGGCCCUGCUGCUGCCCACGCUGCUCCUGACCCUGUCCGGCUCCGACGCACAGAAAGUGGGGCCCCGAGGGCCCGUGGGCCCCCCAGGACCACCUGGGAAGCCAGGCAAGGACGGCAUUGACGGAGAAGCUGGUCCCCCUGGCCUGCCUGGGGCCCCGGGACCCAAAGGUGCCCCUGGGAAACCAGGGCCGCCAGGAGAGGCGGGGCUGCCUGGACUACCCGGAGUGGACGGUCUGACUGGGAGGGAUGGACCCUCCGGGCCCAAGGGCGCCCCUGGAGAACGGGGGAACCUGGGACCUCCGGGACCCCCCGGGCUGGGGGGCAAAGGCCUCCCUGGACCCCCCGGAGAGGCAGGAGUAAGUGGCCUCCCGGGUGGCAUCGGCCUUCGGGGACCCCCGGGACCCUCGGGACUCCCAGGCCUGCCUGGCCCCCCAGGACCUCCUGGUGCCCCGGGCCACCCUGCUGUGCUCCCGGAAGGUGUCCCUGACCUGCAGUGCCCAGCCAUCUGCCCGCCAGGACCCCCUGGGCCCCCAGGAAUGCCCGGUUUCAAGGGGCCCACGGGCUACAAAGGGGAGCGAGGAGAAGUCGGCAAGGACGGCGAGAAGGGCGCGCCUGGCCCCCCCGGCGCUGCUGGCAUUCCAGGCACUGUGGGCCUGCAGGGCCCCCGGGGGCAGCCAGGGUUCCCGGGGCCUUUUGGGCCCCCCGGAGACCGGGGUCCCAUCGGGUUCCGGGGGCCUCCCGGCGUUCCAGGAGCACCCGGGAAAGUGGGACACAGAGGCGAGCGGGGCCCGGAAGGCUUCCGAGGCCCCAAGGGCGACCUGGGCAGACCUGGGCCCAAAGGCGUCCCUGGAGUGGCCGGGCGAGGUGGAGAGCCGGGCGUGCCAGGGAAGGACGGCCGAGACGGAGUGCCAGGAAUGGACGGCGAGAAGGGAGAGACUGGUCGCAGCGGUGCCCCGGGAGAGAAGGGCCCCAACGGGCUGCCCGGCCUCCCGGGAAGAGCAGGGGCCAAGGGUGAGAAGGGAGAACUGGGCUGCGCUGGAGAGCUGGGUGAGGCGGGACCCUCUGGAGAGCCCGGCAUCCCUGGAGACACCGGUGUUCCUGGGGAGCGAGGCGAGGCCGGCCACCGCGGCUCUGCGGGGGCUCUGGGCCCACAAGGCCCUCCUGGGGCCCCUGGCGUCCGAGGGUUUCAGGGCCGAAAGGGCAAUGCUGGCGACCCUGGGAUGCCAGGUCCUCAGGGCCUCCGAGGUGGCAUGGGCGACCAGGGUCCUGGAGGAGCCACCGGGCCCAAGGGGGAGCAGGGCAUCGCGGGCUCCGAUGGCCUCCCUGGGGACAGAGGGGACCUGGGUCCCAGUGGCCCCGCUGGAGCCAAAGGAGAGGCCGGCAGCCGAGGGGAGCCUGGCCCCAAAGGCCCCCAGGGCCCCAACGGCACCAGCGGUGUGGACGGCGUCCCCGGGCUGCCCGGGCCCCUGGGCUUGCCCGGUGCCCCUGGCAUGCCUGGCAUCACCGGGAGAGCAGGCGUUCCGGGCAAAGAGGCCAGUGAGCAGCACAUCAGGGAGCUGUGUGGAGGCCUGGUCAGCGAACAAAUUGCGCAGCUGGCUGCUCACCUGAGGAAGCCUUUGGAGCCGGGCUCCAUCGGCCGGCCCGGGCCAGCAGGGCCCCCCGGCCCCCCAGGACCCCCCGGUUCCAUUGGCCACCCUGGAGCUCGAGGCCCCCCCGGGUACCGUGGUCCCACUGGAGAGCUGGGAGACCCCGGCCCCAGAGGGGCCCCAGGAGACAGAGGAGACAAAGGCGCGGCUGGCGUGGGUCUGGACGGGCCCGAUGGAGACCAGGGGCCCCAAGGGCCGCCAGGCGUGCCCGGUGCCAGCAGAGAUGGCCACAGCGGAGCCCAUGGCGAGCCCGGCCUUCCCGGAGAUCCCGGCCUUCCUGGUGCUGUGGGCGCUCAGGGGACCCCCGGCAUCUGUGACACCUCGGCCUGCCAAGGAGCCGUGGCAGGGGGGGGCGGGGAGAAGUCAGGUCCGAGAAGCUCCUAA